AAACCCCCAGAGAACUCAUACUAUACCUUUAUAGUAUACUACAUAGGUAUAUAGUAACUUUAACUCCUAAUAGUGAGUAUGUGUUUUGGCCCCGCCCUCAGUGUUCAUCUCAGCCAAUAGCGCUGCAGUAUUUCUGCCGCCAUAGAAAACCCAGCCUUCGCGAUUUUUUAUCCACAAGUAUGAACACCCGAAGCUCAGCGUGAAAAACUUCAUUAAACCCCCUCCUCUCCUCCUCUCCUCCUCUCCUCCAGCUAUUUCCACCCUCCUCCUCCGCGGCUCAUCUGUCAGACUCCCCGUCGCGCCGACCCGAGUCCCUGCCGCCGAUCACCGACACGGGAUGAAGCGGGAACCCAGUGUGCGUUUAUGUGGGUGUAUGUGUGGACCAUGCACUGACUGACUGAGUGACUGAGGUCAAGGUGGGAGGUUCGGUCGUAAAUUGGGAUGCUGCAGCCUGACAGUGUUGUUCCUGAGGAGAGAGCAGACCUGAGUGUGAGCAUCUCUGCCGGGAGAGAGGCCUGACCAUGUCCACUGGAGCGAGAUCAUGACUUUACUCAAUGAGUCCGAUGAGACCUCCCCUCCCUCCUUCCUCCUUCCUUUCUCUGUCUUUGUCACCCAUGACCCCUCAUACUCCCCCAUAUCCUUCCCUACCUCUUCCUCCGCCGCCUCCUCCCUGCUGACCUCCUCCAACUGCACCAGCCUCCCGUCAGCCUCCUCUCCGCCGUACAACUUUUACGCAGUGCUGCUGGUGCUCCUGAUCUUCUGUGUGGUGUUCGGCAAUGUGCUGGUGUGCGUGGCGGUUUCUCGGGAGCGCGCUCUGCAGACCACCACCAACUACCUCAUCGUUUCCCUGGCGGUGUCCGACCUGCUGCUGGCCACGCUGGUCAUGCCCUGGGGCGUUUACCUGGAGGUGGUGGGAGAGUGGCGCUUCAGUCUCAUCCACUGUGACAUCCUGCUCACCCUGGACGUCAUGAUGUGCACCGCCAGUAUCCUCAACCUCUGUGCUAUCAGCAUCGACAGAUACACGGCAGUGGCCAUGCCGAUGCUCUACAACACCAGGUACAGCUCCAGGAGGAGGGUGGCCGUGAUGAUUGCCGUGGUGUGGUUCCUCUCUUUUGCCAUCUCCUGCCCUUUACUGUUUGGACUCAACAACACUGCCAACCGGGAAGGCACCACAUGCAGCUUUGCUGACCCGGCCUUCGUGGUAUACUCCUCUGUGGCCUCCUUCUACGUUCCUUUCAUCGUCACUUUGCUGGUUUACGCGCAGAUCUGUGUGGUGCUGCGCAAACGUGGCAGACGCACCGCCCCGUCACGCAGACAUGGUCUGCACACACAAGGCGGGGCUGAGGCAGGAGAGGGUCAUCGACACAGAAAGAAUAAGUGUACACAACCAGAAGAUGUGAAGUUAUGUACCUUGAUCCUGAGGCCUGCCACUGCAGCCCCACAGCGCAAGAAAGUGCCUCCUUCCUCCCUCUCUGUUUGUCAGACCCUGGUGAAGGAGGCGGUGGUUCACCCUCUCGAAGUGGAGCCUAGUCAGUUCCUGCCGCAGACCGAGCAGAGUCUGGCUCCUCCUCCUGCUCCCCAGACCUCUUCCCACACAGGACGAACAAGGAUCUCACUGUCCAUCUCGGUCGGACCUGCCCCAGUUCUUCCUUCAACUGUGACGCGAUCAGCCCUGAUGCCCCGCCCGCCCACCCUUGAGGACGGCAUGAGGGGACGUGAGGGAUGGAGGGAGCGCAGUGGAGGCAGAGAGAAAUGGGGCAUCACCAAGGAGAGGGUGAGAGGAAGGCUGUCGCAGCAGAAGGAGCGGAAGGCCACACAGAUGCUUGCUAUUGUGCUUGGUGUGUUCAUCAUCUGCUGGCUGCCUUUCUUCUUGACCCACGUGCUGAAGGCCCACUGCAGAAGCUGCUGUAUCUCCCCCUCUCUCUACAGCGCCGUCACCUGGCUGGGGUACCUCAAUAGCGCCGUCAACCCCAUCAUCUACACCACUUUCAACAUUGAGUUUCGCAAAGCCUUCAUCAAGAUCCUGCACUGCUGAGAGCCGCAGAGAUAAAAUGUGUCAACUGUCAAGAAAAAAUAAAAGGCCUGAUGUGGUGUGA